CAUGUCCCCCUUUAUAUACACCCAGCAGGACUUACUUCCCAACUCAUUCCGACAACGAGAGAGAUUAAUCCCUUAUAUACAUUGGUGCUGGUACAGAUUUGCUAUUCGAGCUAGCUAGAAUUUAUUAAUUCGAUAAUGGCAUCAAAUAGCUAUGGGGAUCGGGUUUCCUGUCUCCGAGUGGCGGGAGCUAUCGGGUUCCUGCUGAUUCUGUUGGUCGCAAAGCUGGACGUGGAGGUGGCAGCACAGAAUUGUCAGGGGGAUCCGCGGGCGCUGGCAGACCAGUGCAGCCCUUUUGUGAAGAAGGGGGCACCAAAGGAGGACCCAUCAAGGGGCUGUUGCGAUGCCGUUAAGGAUGCGGACAUCGGCUGCAUAUGCCAGAACCUCCCCAAGGAGAUCGAGCAGCUGCUGGACAUGGAGAAGGUUGUCUUUGUGGCUGGUUUCUGUGGCAAGCCGCUCGGUCACGGCUCCAAAUGUGGAAGCUACAUAGUUCCGUGAAUCUGAUUAUAAGCCGAUGGAGAAGGGAAAAGGUUGAUCUUUACCGGAGAAAGGCGCAGUCCCUAUAGAGAAGAAUAUGAAAUAAAACUUUUGUUUCAUUAUAAGUUUCAUGUAUGCAUGCAAUUAAUCAUCAUAUCUCAAUUAGUACCUAUGCAAGGUAAAAUAUAUAUAUAUAGGCAACGGCAUCGUACAAGGUUGUAAUUCAGUUCAAAGUUAUAGAACUCCGAUAAAUAAUGAGAGUUGCUUAUAUAUAUAUAUAUAUAGGUAGAUGUGAGCAAAUUUAUGAUUA